AUGGGCGUUGAGAACUACCACGUGAUUGAACUCGUCGGCGAGGGAUCCUUCGGGAAGGUAUACAAGGGAAGGCGCAAGCACACGGGGCAGACCGUUGCAAUGAAGUUCAUAAUGAAGCACGGGAAAACUGAGAAGGAUAUUCACAAUUUAAGGCAGGAAAUCGAGAUCUUAAGAAAGUUGAAGCAUGGAAAUAUUAUUCAAAUGCUUGAUUCUUUUGAAAGCCCGCAAGAAUUUUGUGUCGUUACAGAAUUUGCACAAGGUGAGCUAUUUGAGAUUCUUGAGGAUGAUAAGUGCCUUCCGGAAGAGCAAGUUCAAGGAAUUGCAAAGCAAUUGGUAAAAGCUUUACAUUAUUUGCAUUCCAAUCGGAUCAUCCAUCGUGAUAUGAAGCCCCAAAAUAUUCUGAUUGGUGCUGGAUCUAUUGUCAAGGACUGUUCUAUACUCUGCAAAUAUUUAGAUAUAGUAUGUUUUACAGGCACUCCGUUGUACAUGGCUCCAGAGCUUGUACGUGAACAACCUUACAACCACACUGUAGAUUUAUGGUCUCUUGGUGUCAUACUAACUUGUUUUAUUCUAGCAGCGGAUACUUUCCCCAGCUUCUGGGUUGUAGUAUUGUAUAAUGUGAAUAUUCCAGAUAUGUACGAGUUAUAUGUUGGCCAACCACCAUUUUACACAAAUUCUGUAUAUGCUCUCAUCAGACACAUUGUUAAGGAUCCUGUUAAAUAUCCUGAUCGAAUGAGUCCAAAUUUCAAAAGCUUUUUAAAGGGUUUGCUUAACAAGGCACCAGAAAGUCGACUAACUUGGCCAGCUCUUCUUGAACACCCAUUUGUUAAAGAAACCUCUGAUGAACAGGAGGCCAGGGAAUUGCGAGAGAUAAAUGGUUCACAUGUGCGCAGUGAUGCAGCACGGAUGGUUGAAGGAAAAACUAUUCAAACUUCAACAGGCAAAAACAAUCACAUGGUAGGUAUGGAGGAGGAUUUUGCUUCACCGCUUCAGAGCGAAGUUCAGUUAAAGGGUCCUAACUUAGACAGAACUAAUUCUUCAGUGCUCGACGAGUCCCCGGGAUUUUCAAAUCAAAAUAUAGGAGAGUCAGGCUGCCAAAGAUUGGACAGACUUGAAAAUAACUCUCGCACAGUCAAAAGUGCAAAAAUAAUUGGUCAAGAUAACGAAGCGCUGGGACAUAUUCUGCUACCACUGAAAAAAUGGUCAAAAGGAUCUCAAAAUAUUUGCAGUGAUCAAGAUGUUCCUCAAUCAAAUCAGUCAUUGAGGAUUCUCUCAAACCUAGUAGCAGCUGGUGCUUUCAAUUCUAGUGGACGAAUAGAUGAACUAAUAAGAGAACUCCUUGUGUUUACUGGGUCUGUUAUACCCAUUAAGUCCUCUGAAGUUACUGACAUGAUGGCAAAGAGUUUCUCCAUCACUAAAAUUUUGCUAGAUAGUGGCGGAAGUUUCUCUUCAAGCUCUUUUCUAAGUCACUGGGUUGAAUUAAUUGAAAUCUAUUCUCAGGUUGUAGCAUCAAAUAAUGAUGCAUCUGGAAGACUUCUGUAUGAAUCCAGUGCCUGCAUUACAGUCAUGCUGUCUACAGUUGCUCAGGUGCUUAAAUCAUCUCCUCAAAUUUCAGGCCAAGAGACACUGAAUGAAACAGCAAACAGAAUUUUAGACCAUGCAAAAACAAUGGGAUUAGUGGACCAUCUAUGUCUGUGUUUAACUACUUCAGGAUCAAGUCUUAUUUCAGGUUCUUCCAAUAUGCUAAGGGCUGCUUCUGAAGCAUGCAGAGCUGUCUGGUCUUUGAUUAAUGCACUGGAUAUUCUUUUUAUGAAAAGAAGUGCCAUUUUGUUUCCCAUUAAUGCUUUGCGGAGUCAUUCUUUGCAUAGAAUUGAAGUUGUGCAACAUGAGCAAAAUCUCUUGGAAAAAGCAGAUUCAACAAAGAUUGUUGAUGCAAUGACAAGAGCAUUCCUAAGAUCUAAAGCUGUUCAGGUUUCUGUUUACUAUUGUUUUCACCAACGACUUGAGUCUGCAAUGAAUUGUUGUCUUCAGCUUUUGUCAAGGUGCAGCCUUCAUAAUGAAAUUGUUCCAGCUCUCCUUUGUGGUCUUCCCAGUUCCCUUCCGGUGACUACUGUUGUUAGUGGCGGUGGUGAUGGUACUAUUGUUUCAGAAGUUUUCACUGUUUUAUCAUUAUGUGGUUCCUCUGUUAACAAAGACUCACAGAGUGUAGAACCAAGUAAUGUCAAAUGCAAAUUAACAAAUCCUUCUGCUCUGGUUCGUCAUUCAUGUCUCGUUCUUGCAAUAAUUGCUCUGUGUUUGAAGUCAACUGGAAGAAAUUCAGCAAUUUUUAUGCUCACUACCGCACCAAAGAAGCAGCUUGCUCGACUUUCAGUGCUUUCUCAUCAUAUUUCUUCUGAUGAUAAAAUAAAAACCUCUAUCGAACCUCAAAGUGCAUCAGCCAUGUUGGCAUUGGCAUCCAUUCUAUCCCUCGAAUCUGGGGCUUUGGUUGAGUCUCGAAUAUCUGAAAUUGCAACGCCUUUAAUUCCUCGAACCUCUACACUGAGUGACCAUCUUAAAAUUUCAUCUGGCAAUGAAAAUGAAUUGGACCCUUGCAACUUCAGCGGGAAGCUCUCACACUGGCAAGGGGUAAGAGAUGGGCAUGUUGGUCUUUUAGAUUCCAGACUCAAGUGGGGAGGACCAUUAGCUGUUCAGCAGUUGUGUGCAAGUGGCAUUCCUCUACUUCUUAUGGGGUUAUUAGGCAAUGAUGUUUUAAAUGCUUCUCAUGGAAAUGACCAUCUAAAUGAUAGAGUUGGAUUGUCUCCAAUUGGUGUUGUAUGGACAAUUUCAUCGUUGUCUCAUUGUCUCUCUGGCGGUGCUUUGAUUUAUCGUCAAAUUUUGAUUAGGAAUGAACAUAUUAAGCUCAUUUCCAACUUGAUUUGUGAUGUUCAUAUCAAGUUGGUAAAAUGCUGGAUUGGUCCUGGUGGAGGGAGAGCUGGAGUCAGAGAUCUAGUGAAUGCUGUGAUAGAUAUCUUAGCAUUUCCUUUUGUUGCUCUUCAAAAUGCACCUGGCUUGCCAUCGGCCACUGCUUCUGUCAGCAGUGGGUUUCUUCUUAAUAUUGGCUCCCCUGGGCAGAGAGUAUGCAUGGAAGAUAAGGGAAUAGUUAAGGCAAUCGAAGAAGACAUGGGAAAAUAUAUUAAGAUCCUUGUAGAGGUUGGUGUGCCUGGUAUUAUCCUUCGGUGUAUAGAUCAUAUGGAUUUGAAUGAUUUGGGCAGGCCUGUUGCUUUUCUGGCUAAGAUGGUCUGCCACCGACCUUUGGCAAUCCAACUUGUGAGUAAAGGUCUUUUGGAUCCAAAUAGGAUGAGAAAGUUGUUUGACUGUUCGGGCCCAAAAGAGGUCACACUGGAUGCUCUUAUGAUUAUUUCUGAUCUUGCUCGCAUGGACAAGGGAUUCUAUGAGUACAUUAAAGGUGCUUCUGUUUUGGAGUUCUUAAAAGAUUUUCUUUCGCACGAGGAUCCUAAUAUGCGUGCCAAAGCUUGCAGUGCCCUUGGAAACAUGUGUCGUCAUAGCGCGUAUUUUUAUAGUUCACUUGCUAGACAUCAAAUUGUUGAUAUCCUUAUCGAAAGAUGUUCUGAUCCUGACAAACGAACACGAAAAUUUGCUUGUUUUGCUAUUGGAAAUGCGGCUUACCACAAUGACUUGUUGUAUGAGGAGCUGAGGAGAUCGAUUCCUCAUUUAGCAAAUUUGUUACAAAUGGCUGAGGAAGAUAAGACUAAGGCAAAUGCAGCAGGUGCACUUAGCAAUCUGGUUCGCAACUCUGACAAACUUUGUGAAGACAUUGUGUCUAAAGGAGCUGUUCAGUCCCUGCUGAAAUUAAUUUCCGAUUGUGCGGUAUCAGCACUUAAUCCAAGCCGAAACGAUUCAGGGAACGAAUCUCCUCUUAAAAUCGCUCUCUUUUCCCUGGCAAAGAUGUGUGCACAUCCACUCUGCAGACAGUUCAUCCGUUCAUCACAUUUGUUCCCUGUGAUUGGAAGGCUUCAGCAGUCUCCAGAAUCAUCCAUUGUCAAAUAUGCCUCCGUCAUCAUUGCCAAAGUUGCUGAACCUUGA